CCACCUACCUCACUAAAAAGAGCUCCUUUCCAUUCCUUUCCUUUCCUUUCUCUCAGGAAACCUUACAGUCACAGACAAUGAGCGAGGAACGUGAAUCCACCAUCAGUACUUCUUCAAACCACCACAAUAGCCUCAGAUUCCUGGAGCUCUCCCUCAGGCUUGUUGCCACGCCUUUAUGUGCUGCCUCCCUGUGGCUGACGGUCGUCAACAAGCAAACCAGUGAUUCGUAUGGGAAUGUGGCAUCUAACAACCUAUCAGGACUGAGGUACUUGGUGUGCAUCAACGCCAUCUCCCUGGCUUAUUCUGCUGCUUCGACUCUCUUCUGUUUCUUCAAAUGCUUCGACAGAGACUGGAUCUUGCUAAUCGUGGACCAACUUGUGGCUUAUCUGAUGGUGACAUCAGGGUCUGCUGCGGCCGAGGUACUCUAUCUGGCUCGCGAGGGAGAUAGGAAAGCGUCGUGGAGCGAAGCGUGCAGCUACUUUGGGAGGUUCUGCGACAGGAUCAAGGGUUCCUUGGCGCUGCAUUUGGCUGCCUUGCUCAGCUUCAUUGCGCUGGCUCUCGUUUCUGCUUACAGAGUUUUCAGCAAGUUCGAAGCCCCUUCUGUUUCUACAACUAAAGAAGCGGCCGAAGUGGAUCAAUAAGAAAUGCUUUCACUGUAAUCUAGUUAAUAAGAUGAUAUGUGGUUAAUCAUCAAGGUUAACAAUGUUAGUUAUUUCCUUUAGAGAGACUUUAAAUAAGUUUUACAUAUAAAUAUGAAUUGAACUCGUUUAAGUGAUUAAA